AAGAGGAAGCAGGGAGCUUUUAGGUGCUGCAGACUUAUUUCUCUAAACUUAUUAAAUGACCAAAAGAGGCUCUCAGCAUCUUUGGACAUGAACUGGAUUCUUGACUUUUUGUGGAUCUUCUUUUGUAAGAUUGGUGGCGUUUCAUUGCAAAAACAAAAAACGGAGGAAAACUGUACGACCACAGGUAUUUCCAAAAAGGCGCUCCCUCUUGUUUUUAAAUCUUACUUAUGCAUUUUGGAGUGUGAAGAAAUUUAUUGUGGUCACAUUUAGAGGUCAGGAUUCAUGAUUUUGCAAGCUUCCAGGAUUUCUGCCGGACAGCCAACUGACAGUCAUGGAGGAUUUUUUUUUCUUUUUAUAUAAUAGCUUUGUGCUGCAAUAGUUGUGUGGAAUAUUUGUUCUGGAGUUAAAUCUUGUAAUCGAACACUGAGCGCAGCCUUCCUUUGUCAGGCAAAUCAAUGCAAGUCAAUAGGAUCCCCGGAGAGAAGGGGGGAAAGACAAAAACGGUAGGAGGAGACUGAGGGGGGGGGACUGGCUCCCUUGUGGGUUGCAAAAACCUCCAAACCUCCAUCCCGUCUUCCCAGAAAGAAAGGGGGAGGCCUAUUGAGAGUUUGAGAGUACAGGGGGGAAGGUCUGACACACACAUCCUCCAGUCGCCCAUCACCUCAAGUGGAGGGUCCCGGGAAGGAGGAGGAGGAGCUGGGGGCUUUGGUUCUGGAUAGAGCAGGGAAGGGCAGGUGGUGGGGGUUUAGGUUUAGCCGGGGAUGAUCACAUACGUGCACUGCCUCUCCCCGGAGCCGGUGGUGAGCUGCUGGGACAAGGUCUGCUAUGAGGACUCCCCUGGCGAGAAGAAAACUCCAUGCACCUUCCAACCCGCCAACAAGAUGGGGAACAGCCUGCAGCCCCCAGCCUUUCCCAGCCCCAGGCCCGCCAGGCCAGAGGGCUGCCUGAGAAAACGCCUGCUCUCCAUGUCAAAGGUCCACCAGAAGCCGGACUCGCUGUGGACGCCCAAACCGCUGCUGGGACCUUUGGAUAAAGGCUCACCGGGAAAAAUACAAACCUACAAGGAUGGCAAAGCGGUGUCCAACCUGGAUGAGGAGAGCAAGUGGACGGUUCACUACACGGCUCCAUGGCAUCAGCAGGAGAACGUUUUCCUACCAGGCAGCCGGCCGCCCUGCGUAGAAGACCUCCACCGCCAGGCCAAAGUCAACCUCAAGACCGCCCUGCGAGAAUGUGACAGGCUGAGGAAGGAUGGCUUCCGGAGCUCCCAGUACUACUCUCAGGGUCCCACCUUUUCUGACCCCGUACAGUCCAGCAGCAGCCUGCAGGAGGACGAGGACGAUGAGACCGACAAGAAGUCCACAGCUUCGUCAGCGGAGGAUGACAAAUCUCAGCUCUCCAUGAGAUCCCAGACGCCGCAGGGUGGGGGAGAAAUGGGCGACGUGUCCGACGUUGACGGACAGGUGAUAUGGAACAAGGCCACGCCCCUCCCCACGCCGGAGGAGAAGAUGAGGCAGGCGGCUCAGGCCGUGCCCACCGACAUAGUCGCCAUCAACGUCACAGGGGCAGUGUUUGACCGACAGGCGAGCAUCCGGCGCUCCCUCAUUAACACUGACACCGUGUCCCGCCGGCCCAAGAAGGUCAAACGCAGAAAGACUAUAUCAGGGCUGCCUGACAACAUCAACCAGGAGCUAGCAGCAAAAGGACGCGGCGGAGAGCUCCGGCCACAUUCCAUGUUCAUCCCAGGACAGUACUCCACUUUGGGCCGAGUUGGAAGCAUCAGCUCAACACUCCGACGUUCAGAGACCCGAGACUCGGGCUGCCAAACAGAAGAAGUGAAGAUUGUACCCCCGUCCAUGAGGAGGAUUCGAGCACAGAGAGGACAGGGCAUCGCCGCUCAGAUGGCUGGCAUUUCUGCUUCCUCCUCAACCGGAAGUAUAUCCAUCUCCAGCAGUGACAGCUCGGGAAUAUUGAUGAUGCCACAUCAGUUUAACGGAGACCCUUCCCGUUUUCACAGCCUGCCCCGACAGGGCGCAAGGGUGUCCCUCAGCUCUGAUCCCAUCUACAGCAGCACACCCAUCAGGUCGGAGGAACAGCCUCAGAGGCAGAUUGGAAAGCUUCAGGUUGACGAUACAGUGGUGCACAUGAGAAACGCCCCACGGACAGGCACCCUGCCCAGGCCCAAAUCUCAGGAGGUGAGGGGGACACAGUCCAGCGAGUGGGGUGGUGGUCCUGCGUGUGUGGUCUCCCCUCAUGCAGCCUAUUCCACCUCACUCAUCCCCAAUGCCACCCUGUCUAGUUCCUCAGAGGUGAUUACCCUCAACACCUCCGGUCAGCUUCCCCACUCCCCAGUCUCAGCUUAUCCCACAGCGAGACCGCUCAGUGUGGCUUCUUCCACUAACACAGACUCCCUGAUCUCGAGUCCAGCAGCCUUCACCCACAGCUCCACCUGUCCAGCCUUGGUCACUUCCACCCCUACUCACACCCCACAAGACAAUGGUCUGAAAGUGGCAGCACCUCCUAGUGAAUCGGGUCAUUCUGACAGCAGCAUCCACAGCCACAGCACUUUGGCUCCCACUCCACCAUCCUGUCUGCCGGACGAACAGUGGAUCUAUGACACCCCAGAAAAUGUGGUGGUUCCACAUCGUGCUCUGACCUCCAGCUGCUCCACUCCUGUCAACCACCUGUACAGCAGCUUGGACCUCUCCUCCAGGACCACUACUGAUUCCAGCUCCCUUUACUCCCAGGACAACGACGGAUACUACACCUCUAUGCACCUGGACUCAGGCCUGCGUUCUCGCAGUCAUGGUAGCGGGCACGGGGCAGCAGCUGGACGGGCAACUCGGCACAGCAUGUACGAGUGCCGGGAGAUGUCCAAUCAGGAAGACACUGCAAGCCUGUACAGUGACCGUUCUCUGUCCCGCAGCAUCUCUCUUCGCAAAUCUAAGAAGCCUCCGCUGCCGCCAGCUCGUACAGAUUCUCUCAGACGUAAGCCUGGUGCUAAAAAGCCCCUUGGAGGCGUUGCCGCCAUCAGUGGUGCCCCUGAGCCAAAUAGCGCCAUGCUCAAUGAAACUCUGAUAGCAAGCUUGCAGCAGAGCCUACAGAUGGGGCUGAGAGGAGGGAAGGGGAAGGGCGCCUCACCGUCUUCACCUUCUCACAGCCCGAGCAGCGACUACGAUGAUCCUUGGGUGCUACGACCGCGCAGUCACAGCAGCAUCAGCGCCGCUAGCUCUGCAGCGUCACUAGCAGCUAACAACUGUGGCGGUGUGUCUAAUGUGUACUCGUUGUGCCACGUCACUCCAGCUCAGAGCGAAACCAGCAGCUUGCGUUCUGACUAUGCAGACUCCUGGGGCUACUACAUGGACUACCCUCGUAACCAUGGAGACCAGAGGGCACAGACCCCUCCGGUCCACACCACAGAUAACAUCUCAGCACACCCAGGAGUCUUACAGAACGGAGGCGAGAUUCACAGCAGUCAGGCCGCUAGGGCUCCAGGCCAGGAGGGAGGGGUGACGGUGAAGCCCAAAACCUCCACAUCCUCACCGGAUAGGGUGCACAGACUGACCUCCCCAUCUAGCGGCUACUCCAGCCAGUCCAACACCCCCACAGCUGGAACCCCAGUGCCGGCAUUCGUCAGGUCCAUGUCGCCCUCAGGCAGCCGGCCCAAACCCAAAGUUCCUGAGCGGAAGUCAUCACUCCUCUCUUCAGUUUCCAUCUCCUCCUCUUCUACCUCCCUUUCCUCCAACACUUCGGACUCACUCAAGAACUACGGUCCGCCUCCACCUCUACCGCUGUCGUCCUCCUCAGCUCCCAGCACCCCUCUCAGCCCACCUCCACCCUUCCCUCCCCCUCUGCCACCAAGUUCUGGAACAGCUUCCCCCACUCUUCCUCCUCCAGCUCCCCCAUUACCAACCACUCCUCAGGGCACUUCCCUGAGCCCACUUCCUGCUUGCUCCACCUCCCCAGAGUUCCCUCCUCCUCCAUCGCCUGAAACGCUGAUCAACUCCAAUUCAUCCUUCAAUGGGAGCUUCAGUCCUCCCCCUCCGCCUCCCCCUCCCGUCCCCUCCAUGGGGCCCCCUCCACCUCCUCCACUGCCUGCUUUUGUCCCCUCUUCCUCCUCCCCAUCUGUUGUGAAGGCAGUGAAGGAUGCACCUAAACCUUCCAGCAGCCCUACAAAGUCACCCAAACCCCUGAUCACCCCAUUCGCACUGCAGAGUGUUCAGCUCCGCUCAGUGAAGCGGCCAACAAAGGAGAUAAAUGGCGAAUCAGACCGCAUCAAAGAUCAGGAAACAGGGAUGGACCUCCUUCAGGGUCUAAAACCCUUUACCCUGGAGACGUCUCACUCCCAAGAGCAACCCACUGCGUUACCCCUGUUGAACAUCUCUCCAGAAGAGGAUUUGCGCCAUUCCUCACCAUCACCUGUUUCAAAGCUCCUGAAAGAGUUGUCCCUGGACUGCAGCAUCACAGAUGGCACACCAGACACUGCUGCCAUAAAUGGAAAAGCUGAGGACCAAAGUUACUUUCUAUUAAAUGGAAAAGAGAAAGAGGAGGAACCAGCACUGCCCAGCCCCCCGCAGAGCCGUGGGAUCUCCCCCAUCAAACAGAAACCCCCAGCAGUCUCCAAGAAACCCAAAUUUUCCUUCGUCCCACCAUUUAGUCCCCAACCAAUCAACGAACAGGUGCCGUCUCAGCAGGAGGACACAACCAGCCUGGUCCAAACAGAAGACGAAGUGGACGCACUGCAGCGACAAACAAAGGAGGAGGUGAAAGAGGUGAAAAGAGAGCAACAGGAGGAGGACGAGGAGGAUACUUCAGAGAGCUCCGAGCCAUUAGCAGAGAGCAGUGAAGCAUCCACAGAAAUCCAGGAAGAGUCACGAACCGAGACCAGUCUUGACCUUGAACUUUGCACCAAUGGAGAAGCUCAUGAAGACGACGAAGAGGAGGGAGAUGGAACGAGCAGCACCACCGGAUCCAUCAGCUCCAAGGAGGACGACACAGGUGAGGUUUUUGACUCCAGCACGGCUGAUCCGUCUCCGGCCCCGUCAGCCAACGGGGCGUCCGGCCAGAAGAUGGUGACCCCGACUCCCUCGCGGCCCCGAACCACCGAGGACCUCUUCGCCGCCAUUCACAGAGAAGGCAUGAAGUGGGUGGGUGCAGCCUUUCUAGAGAGGUCGAAGCGCAAAGUCCUGGGUCGCAAGGAGUCUGAGGAGGACAAGUCCCGGAGUGGGAGCCACCCACAGUCUCCACCCGUCACCCCCACAGGAAUGUCUCCAGGGAUGGUGUCGUCGUUGCCCCGUCAGGCGAGCUCCAUCCAGCGCAACCUCCGCAAGUCCUCCACCAGCAGCGACUCCUUCAAGGCCCUCCUCCUCAAAAAGGGAAGCCGCUCAGAGACCAGUUUCCGGAUGUCUGCCACCGAGAUGCUUCGCUCUACCGACCCACGCUUCCAGAGAACACGCUCCGAGUCGGCGUUAGACCCCCCCGCCGCCUCGCCCUCGUCACCGACGAUGCCCCACAGCCCCUCCUCCUCCCCCAGCCGUGGCAAGAGGGCAGCGGAUGAGUGGAGCCGCUACGAGGCCUUGGCGAUGUCCUCACCAACUUCGUCGCCCUUCUCCAUGAGCGGGUUGAAGUACGGACGCUCUCGCACGCCGCCUUCUGCCGCCAGCAGCAAAUACAACGCACGCAGCCGAAUCCUCAGCAGCCCAAUGACGGUAAUUUGUGAGCGUGAAGGCGAACUGGCUGAGAGCGAGUACGGAGAUACAGCGGAAAGUCUGUCUGGACCGGCAGCCCAGACUCUUCCUGUGCUCAAAGACUCCAAUGGCACUUUAUCUGACGAAAGCAGGAGUUAAAAGAGCAGGAGCUGCCCCUUCGAUUCGGGGAACUCAUUUGUCAUAACCAGGGAAGGGGCUGGAAGAGGAGCCAGCAGAAGGCCCUCAAGAGACACCUUCCCGAGCCCCACCCCUCUGGCGCUGUCUCAGAGGGAGUGGACACGUCGGAUCCUGAUGCGAGGCUAAAGGUCGCCGCAUUAUGGAUCAGGCACCAAAGUGGAGCACAGGUUCUGCUCCAGCUGUCCGUGACUCCCUUGAUUCUCCUUCGUUUGGUGAUUCACCCUUUUUGUUGAAAGAAUAACAUUUCUUCUACACCUGGUGUUCUUAGUUUGUUCUCCAUUUGUUUUUGCUGUUCUUUUUUUGUGCGUUGCCCUGCAGGAGCCCUUCAGUUUCUCCGAAGGACAAAAGUUAAGAUGGCAAAAACUAAAGUGAAUUGAAGGAAUUGAAAAGUCACAAACUGUUUGCUUAACUUUGCUGCUGUGGUGCUGGGUAGCUGGAAAGAGUGGAAUGUUAAAUCUUCUCAGUUUCUGCUUUGGCUCCGGAGAGUGUUUGAGAGUACCACGGUUUGCGAGCUUCAAACAGCCCAUAAUCAAGAUGGCGAGGAUGUGGUACAGCAGACGGCUCCACGGUACAACUUCAGCUAUGGUUAUCACCAGGUUUUCUUUUGCUUUUCUGCUCUUAGGUCGGUGGUUUAGUUUGCAGAGCUGGUGUGUUCAGUGGUCCAUAGGAAGUGCAGAGGGCUCAGUGCUGCCACCUAGUGAUGGGAACAGAGUGGACGAUAGUUGGGGAUAAAAGGCUCAACCAAAACAGCAAAUUUACUUUCUAAACGAAAAAUCGCUCAUAAAAUUUCAGUUAACUGAUUUUAGUUUUUAGAUUUUGCACUGUGCACAUGUCUUUUGUUUUUUUUGUUUGUGACUUUUAAAAUAUGUUUUAAAGAUUGUUUUAAUGAUGUCAUGACUUGUGUUUGGAAGUAUGAACCUUUUAAUGUAAAAACCAGGAAUGACAUUAGCUUAUUUUAUUGUGUGGGUCUUUUAGCGGUCAUGUUGGUUACCAAAGAGCUUGAAAAAUGAAACAGAGCUGGCUGUUAACCUGGACACACAAUCUGAAAGAGUGAGUGCUCGUCUGACACCCCAUGAACGAGGUCCAUCUCUUAAGUUUGCUGAGAAGAUCUACUAGACCUCUGUAGGGCUUAAAUGAUUUCUAUAAUGCUGUUGACCUUUCUGCUAAGUUUAUCCUUUUGCAGUUUUGUAUGGUUCUGUAUGUAAAUACAUAGAGAAAUGAGUUCUAAGUAACAUUCGACUUAUUUUCAAAGACUUUGUACAUUUUUAGAGCCUCGUGUUUGCUGAAAGGGAGUGGUUUCCUUUUUGUAGGUUAUUUAUUUUCACAUAGCAGGGCGUCAUUAGUAAACCGGUGUGAGUCGACCAGCAAGAAGAGGUUGGGGGUUGAGCGGAGAAAUUAAAGGACCACAUUUACCCGGCUGAGCCCACCAGGCCAUUUUUCUUUGUAAAGGUGCUUUGGAAAUGCAAUAAUGUCAAUAUUUAUGCUUAAGCCUUCUACUGCCCUUAAUCUUGAGUCAUGCAGAUCUCUUGCUGGUGCCCAACUGCUGAGUAAAUGUGGUCUCUUUAGAGUCGUAAACUGAGGUGACAGGCGUGAGACUUCAUAACCUCUUAACAGCCAUAACACCCUGUGGUUUAAUUACCUGUGACCAAAGUGUGUCUCCCAGCUCCCGCCUGGCCGUGAUUGAGCACUUGGGGCCACCCGAGUUCGUCUCGUGACGGGGAAACAUCUCAAUCCCAGAGUAGCUUGUGAAAAACAACAAACAAAGACCCGGGGACAGAGGAGGUAACGGAGCUGAAGGCAGGUUGCUAACGCUCUUGUGUAUGUCUGUGUAAUAAAAAAACAAGGUUAUAUUUAAA